AUGAUUAUUUUAAAUGAAAAUUUUAUCUUGAAAUUUACGGUGUUACAUCCAGAAACUCCAGAAGUUGAUCUUCUCAAAGAAAGUUCGAUUCCUGAAGACAUAAGUGUUAUUCCACCCGAAGUUUUGCAUGUCAAGUCAUCUAUUGAGGAGACACGAACGUCUGACGUCAGUCUAGACGUAUCUCAUAUGGAUACAAAUGUUAACAUGGGUAAAGAAGGUGCGGAGACUGAUGCUCAAGGUAAUCCUAAUGUCACUUCUAAUAUUAUCGUAUCUUUACCUCCAGUAACCUCUACAACUGAUUUACCCACAUUCCACAACAUAAUCAAUACCCCUUUCACUUCCAUAUUUUCUUCACAAUCUACUGAUCCACCUAAACCUACUUCACCUGUCGAUGAUACAAUGAUGCUGGAGAAUGAAACUGAUAACGAAGGUUUUGGAGGAACCUUUGAAGAUCUAAAGUUUGAUGAAGAAGAAGAAAAUUUUCCAGAUCAUAUGUUGAUGACCAUGACGCAGUAA